CCUUAAGCGACGCGGGCAACGGCGGGCAUGCCGCAAACCCCCCUCCACCACCAGCCUACUUACUUAUUCACCGUUUGUGAAGUGUGUGAUAUGUUUCUCGUUCCUUGGCUGUAGCAGGCGAUCUUUGUGGGAGUCAUCGGUCGACAAUAAGCAAUACACGCCUCCUAUUGUUUACUUUUGUGUCUAUAGCCGCGGCACAGCAUCGAUUGGGGCCCUGGGCGCAGUCAUCGGUCAUGUCGGAAAAGAUGCCGUCCUCCGGAACCAAGCGGUCGGCGGCCCCGAGCGCCAGUCUACCCUCGUCUCCUCCGAGGCUGCCCCCGAGCCGGGGCAAGGAGCGGAGGAACCCGUCGAUUACGCCUCGGAAAUUCCAGCGCUUCUUCACUCCACGAUCCCGUGUGUCGUCCAAGCCAAGCGCUGCCCGGAAGGCCCUCUGCGAUCUCACUGCCCCGGCUCUUAACCGGUGCCAGACACCUUCGAGCCCGCUCAAGGCCGUCUCGGAUGACCUCAGCGCCGAUGGCUUACCCCAUCUCCAGGAUGCCCACCGCGGGAAGCGGCGAAAGGUCCAGCUUGUUACUCCGGAAAAGUCCGCGAGCCAUUUACCCUUGUCGCCGAACCCGUCUCCCCUACUGCCGACGCCGGACUUCAGACCACGUUUGAGGAGUCCGAUGCGGUCCGUGAUAACACGCCACGCUGUGCAGCACGGAGUCCUCGCGGAUGAUGAUGUCUCCGGUAGCGAAGAAGACGAUGACGAGUACCCUGUAAUCACGCCACUACCAACCAAGCCGCCUGUGCCGCUAUAUCGCCGGGGACUGGGCGCCCAGCUUGUGCAGAGGAUGACAGGCGCCAUGCGUUAUGCCAGUGAGCGAGCACUGGAGUGUCCUGUUACUGAUUGGAGGACGGAGACCGCCAAUUUCAUCAGCCGGCCUGAUGAGGCGCAUUUCUCAUCGAGCCAUGAGGGCGCCCCACGUGCGAUACCCUUCUGCACGACCACCUGUCAUAAUAGUAGUCUUGUCGCGGUGGGCGAUGAAGAAGGCUAUGUACGACUGCUGGACUCCAACAGAGAGUUCUCAAAAAUCCACCUGUCUUUCCAAGUUCACGGGAACGCCAUCAUUGACCUGGCCUUCUCCGAGGACGAUCUCCUGUUGGCUACCGCAUCCGGCGACCAGACGGCCAAAGUAGUUGACAUGAUGACGCAGCAGCCCGUCUCAAUUCUCAGCCAUCACACAGCAUCCCUGAAGCAAGUGAGGUUCCAACCGGGCCGGGGCCAAGGCUGCGUCCUCGCAACCUCUGGCCGUGACGGCAGCGUGCAAAUAUGGGACCUUCGGUGUCGCGGCGGGCCCGUCCAGGAUGUUCCAAUCGUUUCCGAGGCUGGUCUUCAUCACCGUUUGCCAAAGCCGCUGAACCCAGGCUGUGUAGUUAACAGCAUCUACGGCGCCCAUGCACGAACAACGCGGCAGGCAAAGGUCCAGACAACCAACUCCGCGUCCGGUGACGUUGCUCGCCUCGGCGAAGUUCCCGGCCGAGUCGGCGAGGUAUCCGUCACAGCGCUGCAGUUUCUGCCCCCCGGACGAGAGCACCUUCUUCUCUCCGCCUGCGAGGCCGACGCCAGCGUCAAGCUCUGGGAUAUCCGGGCCGUGCAUACCAGUCGGCACCACAAAGCUGCCACGCCCGUGUCCUUCACGGCUCCACCUCCAAGCCAUGUCGCCUUCCGCCCCUUUGGUAUCUGCUCCAUGGCCCUCGGUGGGGAUGGCACGCGCCUUUACACGCUCUGCAAAGACAACACAGUCUACGCCUACAGCACCGCCCACCUGGUCCUCGGCCACGCAACGGAACUCACCCCUGCCCGCCCUGGUGCUGAGCCUCCGCGGAGGAGACACCACCCCCAUGGCACCGCCCACGAAGGGCUUGGUCCGCUCUACGGCUUCCGCCACCCUCUCUUCCACGCCACGAGUUUCUACGUCAAGGCCGCCAUCCGCCGCGCAGCCGACGGCCGCUCGGAGCUGCUAGCGGUCGGCAGCUCCGACGGCGCAGCCGUCCUCUUCCCCACGGACGAGCGCUACAUCAAGCACGCUUGGACAUCGCCGAAUAUCGAGCAAGAGGCCUACUACGUCGGUGCCACCACCGCCAUGCUCGAGGAGACCCCUAGCCCCUCGCUCGCGCAGCGUCCCGGCGCGCCGACGACGCUGACGCCCACGAACAGCAUGAGCAACCUGUUCUCAUUGCGCCACUCGGAUUGUCCCGUGCCUGUCGUGCGCCGGGGGACGCCACUGGUGCGCGGCCAUUCUAAGGAGGUCGGGGCAGUGGCCUGGACGAGCGACGGCAAGCUGGUUACCGUGGGGGACGACUUUCUUGUGCGAUGCUGGAGCGAAGACACAGAGAAGGCGACUGAUCUCCGGGAGGGCGGGGAGACGGGGGGCCGGAGAUGGGGUUAUGGGUGGGCGGAUGUUGGGGAUCAGUGGUCGGGCGAUACGGAUGAUUGGUGAGGGUCUGGUCAUCAUUACCUUACGCCCGUU